UUUGUUUGGCGGUGUUGCGUCCCCAAAGAAUGAACAAAUAAAACGCAAAAGGCUGGGCCCCUGAAAAUCCAUAGUGAAACAUGGCCACGCUCGUUAAACCCAAAAAGGAGAAAAGCAAACGGUCUCGCCAUGCAGUGCAGAUCCAAAAAGAGGAAGAGGAAAACGCUGAGUUAUCAACAAGUGAAGAACAAAGACCAGCAGAAAAUGUGUCGCUGUUGGAGGAAUUUGAGCGAGUUGCGGCCUUGGCCAGCAGUUCCAGUGGCGAAGCGAUCAUUAGCCAUGAAUGCAGUGUCUCCAGUGAUGUCAGAGAAAAACCAGAAGUGUCAGAAACCCAGGAACCCACAGAAACGGAGACUGAACCCAGUGCUCCAAGUGCCCCGCCCUCAACUACUGUCCACAUCGUUCAGUAUCCGAACCUACAGCCCAUGCAGUUGUCCAACUCCCAAGUGGAGGAGCACUCUGCCAAAAUUGUUUACCGGAGGGCAGAAUCAUCCUCCUCCGGUUUUGCACUGGCCAAAAGUCACAUAAAGCCUUGGAAUGCCCAAGAACUUCGACAAAUAUACGAUUGUCCCGAACUAGAAUUGGCAAAACAGUUCGAGCUGGAAUUUCUUAUGAACUCGCUACUGGAGUCCAGCGAAUCGGAUCCACUCUAUGCUGCUUUAAUGGAAUACUAUGAACUGCAGGGCAAGAUCACCGCAAAUCUGCAUGAUGUGGAAAAGCUGCGAAAAGGCUGCACGGAGUCCCAAAAACAGAUCUGGGUGCGCCAGCCAGUAACGCGCAAUUUUAGUGGAACGUGUGGUGAUGGCAAUGUGGUCCAGGAAAGCAUCACAUACGAUCAAAUAAAGGUGGACCCAAUUAAACUAGAAGUGGCCCAAACCGCUUUGACGGGUCUGUACGACCUUGUCUGCCACACUUACACCAAUAAUCUAAUCACAGCAAAAAUAACCAAAGUUAAAGUUGACCAAAUAAUUAACGACCUUUUGGCCUACCCCAGUGCAGAUGGGCAGACAUCGAUUACAUUAAAUAACGCACAAACUGGUCACGCUCUGGAGUGUGUUUCCCAACUGAGAAGAGCUAUUUCCAUACUCUUUAGCUUCGUUCGAAGACCAAGUCCUAACUCGAACUUCGACAAGGACCUUAAAGAAUGGCUGCGCAAACUUAUUGCCCUACAAUUAUUGCUGGCCACCAGAGAGGAUCACUGGUUCCUGCUGUUCAACAUUCUACGCUGUCCCAACGGCGUCGGUUCCUGGGCCGCCCAAUUUCUACAAGUGCCCGGAACGCAAACAGUGGGUCGUGGUUCUCAACAAAACGAAUUGCCUCUGGAUUUAAACUCGCCCGAAAUCAACCAUUGCAUGGCUGUGCUGCAGAUUCUCCUGAUGCCCGUAAAAAAACGAAACGAGUAUCUCAAGAGUCAGGCCCAAGCACACCGAGAACUAUCAGAGGCGACCGCAGCCACGGAACGCUGGAUAGUGGUAGACUCCGAUGGCGAGGACUCGCACACUCCAGCUGGCGAAUGCAUUGGCCUAAAGGAAAGCGAUCUGAUCGCACUGCUCAACCAGUUGCCCUUCGAAAAGAUUUUUACAUCUGCUAUGCGUAUUGAAAAGUUUUUGGAAGACUACAUUCUAGAGCCCGACAUGAUCACUGCUCAGCAAAUGCUAUCCGUGGUGGUGUUCUUUGCCCAGCUGGUGAAAACACUCGGCGAAGGAUUGCUAACCUACAACAAUGAGCGAUAUAAGCAGCUAGCCAAACGUCUUGGUCGUUUGGUGCGUCACACUUUGCAAUAUGUCUUUGAUUAUCACGAAUUGUUCAUAAAUAACAACCUGUUCAAGUCCUCUGACAUGUUUGAGCGCAUCCAAGUGGAGCUGCAAGCCCUUCUCGUUCGCGCCUGCGGCUAUAUUUAUCGCACUCGUAACCUUGGAACCUGGCAGUACUUUUCCACCUUGCCCUUUGCUACCUUGGACGCCGAGGUCGUGUGGCACUUGUUUUACUACCUAAAUGUGGGUUUCCCCACGGAUUUGACCAACGAUUUAGUGAGCAACGCGGAGGCUGCCUUCCAAGCGGAAGAUUUUUGGCGCAAAUUUGACUUGGCCAAUUCAGAUGUGGCGCCUGAAGACAUGUACUACCUAUUACAAACCUUCUUUGAGAUGGCCAACGAUCGAAACCGCUCCAAGGAUGGAAACCUCGUCAAAGCAAUUUGCCUGCACAUCUUUCACAUUGGAUACAUACAUCGAUCUACGAGGGAGAUUUGCUAUAAAACAGCGCGUGAUAUGCUGGCCAACUUGAUGGAUGAGAAUCUGUUGGGUUGUCUGCUGGUUCAGCUAAAGAUGCGAUACGGUGAUGUAGAUCAAGCGGCGUACCUUUUCAAGGCUCUUCCGCUCGAGAACUGGCACCCCAGCAUGGAUAGCUUUGAGGUCCUCUCUAACUGGCUUCUCCAUUUUGAUUACCAAUCUUCGGAAAGCCAUUUAGCUCGCCUGAUCAUCAGUCACCUAAACUGGGGACUGGACUGCGAAGGACGUCUUUUCCUGCCCCAUAACAUUCAUGUGCGAAUGGCUCAUCUCGUAAAUGAAGCUCUAAAUAAGUAUUCUCCCGAAGUGAUUGGAGCCUCCGGAAUUUCUGAGAGCGUGCGUCAAGUGUCCUCACUUAUUGACUCCACUCAAUCGAGUCGAGAGCAGUUUACCAACUGGUGCUGGCGCAUGGUCUCUGUGCUGCGUCUGCAUCUAAUGGAUCAGGGCGUGGAAUCCGUAAAGCGCACCCUACAACAUCCAACGGAGCCGCUUCUUUUCAUUCCCGAACUGGAGCGAAUGGAGAUAAUCUUCCAGGGCGUAAAUGAGAACCGCCCUCUGGCUUUGUAUGUAGGCAUGUUGGUCAGCCUACAUGGCCACUCAAUACCUUUAAUCUGCCAGCACGGAUUUAAUCUGCUACAGCAACUGCUUCUGGAUCACCGACAUGCGGCCACCAUUCGAUGCCUGGAGCUCAUCGUGCCGCUGUUCUUGGAAACUCCUGAAACGCUGGCAAAUUGUGAAAGUUUUCAGAGAUUGUUAAUAACUCUUCUGAAUGCGGACAGAACUUAUUUGAAGCUUGCUAAGGACAUGGUCUAUGCCAACUCCAUUGGUCCCAUUCUGGAACUACUGGAUAACAUGCUGCACCACCAGAUUGUCUCGUAUACAAACUAUGGUCUGUGCUCACCACUUAAUCUUCUCAACAUCUGGCUCAAUUGCUUCACCACACUGCCGGGAUGGUCUCAAAACUCGAAUCUUUUGUAUCUUCUCGAUAAAAUGCUGCGGAUAUCCUACCAGUUCACCGACUGUCGUGCUCAAGCUGUAGAAUUCUUUUACAAUUAUUACAAGGAUUGCACAGAUUGGAAGUCCGCACCCAAAGGAUCAGCUUUAAAGGCCUUCUUUGGCGGUCAGUCUCCUUCUCGAAUACCUGUAAUCUCACCGCAAAACUGCUGGCUGAAUUUGGUGUUACUGGAGAUUGAGUUCCGUUUGGUGGACACGCGCAUUUUUCCGGAGCUUUUGCGACAAAUUUCCGUUCAGCCCGUGGAGGCGGCAUUAAAAAAGACCCUCUCUUUGAGCAAAACCAAUGCCUUUCCAGCAAGCCAAUUGGUUAUAUUUAAGUACGCUCAACUGCUGGCCAGCAUGGACAGCAAUCACGCUUUGUUUCCUAUUGUUUGCCAGAAGUUUUUUGAGCUUUACCUUUGGAGGGUGCCCACAGAAACUGAGUCGCUUAACUUUAGUCACAACUUUGGAGUGUCCGAUAAGUUUUACGAACACAAUGUGCCUUUAAUGAAGAGUAUUAAGUCCCAACUCAAGUCCGCUGAGUCGUACUACUCCGCCUUGGCAACCAAAAGUGCCAGUGACGAUGUCAUGGCCCACUUUUAUCGCAGCUGCUGCAAGCUGAUGCAGAACUGCGCCCUCUGGCUGGAGGAUACCCAAAUCAAUCGCUUCACCAGCGAUGCUGAGCAACUACCUGCCCAGUACAACUGUGAGAAGCUGCGAGAACUGUUGAGUGGUCAUGUCAACCACUGGACUGAAUUCCUUUGUCUUGCGAUGCUGCGCAAAGAACAACGCCACCAGGCGGAUCAGUGGGGUCGGAAAAUUAUGAGAAUUCCAAACCAAAAGGCUCCGAGAACUCCGUUGCAACCAAAGCCGCGACAGCCACCUGCUCAACAUAUUAAAAGCCUGCUGAUUACUUAUGAGAAGAUUAUUCCAAUUCCAAGUCAUGUUUGCGUUAAACCAAUUGAGACUCCUCCCAUCGAUGGAAACCUCCUGACGCAACUUAAAAAGAAAUUGAACACGUUUAACUCAACUGCCAACUCAUACCAUUACAAGACGUCUGAGUUGAACUCAUUGAACCUUAACUACUUGGAAAGUGUGCCAGCUCUGUACCAAAUGAUUCCCUACGAAGAAAGCAGGCGAAAGGAGUGCACAUCCCUACUCUUCAAGCGGAACUGUACUGCUCCCGCGAACAUCAAAUUGACGCCGGAGCAUAUAAGAAUCAACGAGGUUAUAAAUCGCAAGCAAACACAAAAUCGCGAACGGCAUGACAAAAUUAUAGAGGAUCUACUGUUGGCCAUGAAUUUGGAUGACUUUGCCCAAGGCGUCGAGGAGUUUGGCAUCUGUAUCGGUGCGCUUCUGGUUGCUCCAAUUGAUUCAAGAGUAACGCAAAUCGGAGUGGAGGUAUUCUACUGUCUGGUUAAGAACCUAAACGAGGUUACCAUGAAAUUCCAGCCAACACACGACCUUUACUUCCAAGUGCUAGAGAAGAUUGGGGUAUUUUUGCAUGCAGAUCAGGCUUCCCAGGGUUUGGUCGUGCUACGUCUGGCCCUCGAGCGACCCGAUCUCUUGGAACUUCUCGCAGGAGUCUUUGUGCCGAGCCGCACGGAUGUGGAGCACUUCUUGCCCAUGUAUGAAUUCCUCAUUGAUUCUCAUCUCAAGCGCUGCGACACACAAACACUAUUCGUGCUAUUCUCAAAAUUCGAUCUGUUGGGUUGGAUGGAGGCGUAUCAGCCAAAGCUGAGUGAAAUCAAUCGCCUGCUCAUGUUGGUACUCCAGGGUCUGGAGGCUUGGUCUCAACCGGAUAGUAGUCUUCUACAGGAUCAGUUUCGCCGGCAUUUGGUGCAUAUAUUUGGCUACGACUUUCCACAGCACUACGGCGAAGUGAUGCAGCUCGUUCUGGAUCGCACUUCUGACCAAAAGCUAAUGCCGGUGGUGCUGCUGGAUUUGCUUAAUGCUUUGUUUGUCCGAUCUAACUCUCCAGAGUUGUCUUUAGACCAAAACGAAGUACGUGUGCACGAGAUCUCAUUGGACUUCGCCCGGCGUCAGAAGUUAUUCACCCUGAAGGCGGCAACCGAUACGCUUUUGCUUUUGUCCCGACACUUUCAAAAGGAGAGACUUCAUCACGGCCUGCAUGGAUUGUAUCCCAAACACAAGGAUUACUGUCAACCGCUGAUCCUCUGGUUCACAUGUUUUGGACAUACGCUCUUGGCUUCUGCAAUUUGUAGCUACCAGGAGCUACUAGCCGAUCAAAUCAGCGACAUUGUGUUCGGCUCCAUUGUGGAGACCUACGGACCCUGGCUCAUCCCAUACACCGAACAAACGGUCAGUGGCGUGGCCCACUGGAUACGCCAACUGACUCCUGGUCAAAGCAAAGUGCUCUUGCCAUGGAGUGAACAACAUGUUAACAGCAGCAAGCUUAUGAUCCGUUCCUUCGUGGCAACCAUAUUACAAGUAUUGCAGUAUCUGCCGUCGUCAAGCAAGAUCCUGGAGCACGUGUUCGCUUGGUAUGUGCACCACUUCGCCCAACCCAACAUCGCGGGUCAUGUGUUGGCUCCCAUUCACGAGGGCAUGGCUCAAUUGCCUUGGGAACGUUUCCAGCCGCCUGCACAGCAUGUGGAGCUCCUGUACGAUAGCCUGCAGAAAUUCCUGCCAGAAUCGCACGCCAUGCUAGGACACAUAUUCAUUCGGAUUAACUGGAACAACUGGUUCGCCCAAAUGCCUCAGCCGGUGGCCAUUCUCUCCAGACUUUUUGGCAUUUUCGUGAAGAUCGCCUUCGAACCGAAUAUUCACAUUCAUCCCAAUACGAGCAAAAUCCUUGAGGAAGCCAUUAAGUAUCCGUGGCACCUGGUGGAAUACAGCGAGCUGGAACAACUACUCAAGUGGUUUGUGGCCAGCGUGGAGCCAGCUAUAACCCUAAAGCUCCCAGCUGAGAGUAACUAUGCGGAUCGUGCUGUUUUGGAACUUCUUCGCCUGGCCUGUGCCAUGUCGCCGGAACGCUCUGCUCAGGAUGCAGUUGUUCUGGGAACUGCCAAGCGGAUGCUCUACACCCGCUGCAUGGUCCGCAUGCAGAGAGCCUGCGGAGCCAAGCACAAGAAGCUCCUGGCCACGAAGGAGGGCGAGCGUGCCUUUACUGACGCCUUUCUGGAGCUACUAAAUAGCAUCGAUCAGGCGAUUAGCAGCUGCAGUGAGGUUCGCACGCCGGAGGAGCAGCGCAGGGAAGCACUUAAUCUAAUGCUCGAGCUGGUGGCGCCCACACAAACGCAGAGUCAGGAAGUCUCCAAUAUCCACAUCAAGGCUCUUAUUUGGUGGCAGCAGCGUAGUGCACCAGGCAAUCUGGUCAUGUGCUCCACCCUUCCCGCCAUUGGCCACUUGAACACGUACAUUGCCAGCAUUUAUGCGCUUUUGGAAGCCAGCAUGGAGAACUACUUCCGCACCUCACCGGAGAAUGCUCCUUGGCACGCGCCCAGUUGGCAGGGUCUGAUAGAGGCGCUGAGCAUGUCCCUGCCCAAGCUGGACCUCAUGCCGAUCAUGCAGGGUGGCUAUUUCUUCUCACUGCAUGUUUUCGUGGUCUACAAGAUGGAAGAGAUCGCAACGGACGGUGACAAAGUGACCUUUUUGCAGGACCUCAGCCAGCUUCUGGAGAACCAAAAAACCAGCCCACUAACGGAACCACGGAUGGCUCUUGUCUGGGGCGUGAUUAUUGCUCGUGGCUGUCAGAUACUGCAGAGCAACCAGCAGGUUAAGAAGCCAUUACACAUGCUGGCAAGACACCUGCAGAUUGCAUCGACAAAAGCCGAAGGAUGGGGCGAUGGGCUGCUGGGCGUGAUUGGUCUCAAGUCGGAGGUUAUUACAAACAGCCGAAAAGUGUUGACCCGUUGUUUGGCCUGCGUCAUCUUCUCAUUAUUUCCGGCCAACCGUGAACUCCGAAUUCCAUCAGAGGAGUACGAAAGCGCGGUUCGCGAGCUGUCCAUGCUUCUGGCCAACAAAAAGUUCACCGACAUCAAGCCCCUUAUCGUUCGGGCCGUCAGCCUGCUCAAGGAGAACACCUUUCCCGAUGUCCGGGCCGUGCCUCAUAUGAUCUGUCGACUGAUCAGCAUCUUCUACGAGCAGAGCUACCUGACGACCAUUCCAGAGAUCUGGGACUUUGACUUCAAGCUUAUUGUUACAUAGCUUACCGACCAAGUGAAGCAUUCUAACCAUCCUAACAGCCAGUUGUGUUAUUUUCCAGGUGUUAUAUAUCAUCUUACUAGGUUUAGGGUAAAUAAAGUGAUCGAUUUUGUGCAAUUUGCAAAAUUGCAAAGAAAUGUA